AUGGGGGACCAGGAGGCAGCCACGGUUGCGCGCAAUUUCCACCACCAUUGGAUAGCACGCUUUGGGACUUCGUUGCGCGUUACUACCGAUCAGGGCAGGCAGUUCGAGUCGCACCUGUUCAAAGAAUUGAACGCUUUGACAGGUACGACUCAUCUAAGAACAACGGCCUAUCAUCCGGAAGCAAAUGGGAUGGUCGAAAGGUUCCACCGGCAGCUGAAGGCCGCAAUCAAGUGCCACCAUUCAGCAAAAUGGAUCGAAACCCUUCCGACGUUGAUCCUAGAGAUACGUUCGGCAUGGAAGGAGGAUCUACAAUCCACUGCAGCAGAGAUGGUGUACGGAGAACCGGGCGAAUUUCUAGGAAAGGCGGAGCAGGAAGCUACCACAACGUCUGACUUCGUCCAGAAACUACGGCAAUAUGUACGACAACUACAACCCGUACACGGCACCAGGCAUGGCGAGAGGACACCGUUCGUUUUCAAGCACCUCGCAACCGCAAGCCAGGUGUUUGUGCGCCAUGACGAGCCAAAAGGACCACUCCAGCAGCCGUACGAUGGUCCAUUCAAGGUGGUAUCACGAGCGGAAAAGGUGUUCGUGGUAUGUGUUCGCGGACAAAACAUCAAAAUAUUAAUAAACCGCUUAAAACCUGCCGACCUGGACGAUAUCAAUACCAACAACGAGAGAACUACCGAGGUCCAACUGAUUCCGAUAAUUCCAGAGCAUCAAGCCACGCAGGAACACCACCAAUCACGGAACCACCAGUCGUGCAAUCACCGCCACAAAGAACAACGCGAUCAGGACGCCGCGUUUUCCUGA